AGCUCAAACUCAAGUCAACGACAUCAACCCGGUCCAUAUCUUCACAACACCAGCAUCGCCACAGUAAAAUACUUUAGCACCAUUGCCAUUAAUCACCAUGUCCACCUCAAAAACCAUGCCGGACAUCGAGAUCUUUCGACACGCCCAAAACCUCGUCUCCUCCCGCUCCUACGCCCGCUCCCAAACGCCUUUAAAACCUCUCCGACCGUCUCAGAUCAGCUUGGUCCCCACAAACUUGCGAGUUGGGGGUCAGAAACGACAGCGUCAACGAAAGCAAAAUCUGAAGGAGGAGGAGGAGGAAAGUGAGGAAGAUGAGGAAAGCGAGGAGAGUGAUGAAGAGGAUCUGGAAGGGUUGACUACGGAGGAGCUGGAAGCUAGGGUCCUCUGCGCGUGGGCGAAAGAGUUGGACGGACCGAACAGACCUAGAUCUAAAUCUAGAUCCAUAUCGCGGCUCCAGCCGGAACCGAUAGAAUGUAUAGGCUCGGCCGCUCAGUACCGGAAGGAACUCUUAGCUCAGAGCCGGCCCCAAGCCCAGUCGCAGUCUCAAGACUCGGAGAGUAAGAAGUCUCAGAUCCUUUUGGCCACACCCGCCAAGAAUACAACAUCGAAUUCAAAGUCCACCGCACAAAGUGCAUCGAACUCGACCACGAACACUCCUGUGACGAAGACGACCACCCCGACGUCGAAGAAGAAAUCUUCUUCUACUUCGAAGAAACGUAAACGCGCAUCCACCUCGCCUCCCUCUGAUUUCGAUUCGCCUGUCGCUUCGGCCUCGGCUCCGGGACAGUUGGAUAGUAACAGGAGAUUUGGGCAUGAUGGGAAUGAGGGUACGACUUUGAGUGCGUCUCAACCUUUACCGGCUCGCCCGGCUUCGUCGGAUACGGAGGAAGAAGACGAAUCCGAGGUCGAAGCCGAUCUUUUCCCCGUCGAUACCCCUGCACAGACUUCAGCUCGACCUGCGAAUAUCACGUCUCGUUCUCAGGCGGGUAUGACGGACGACGAGACCGGAGACGAGCUGGAGUCGUUUGCCACGCCCGCUGGUACGCCCGCUCCGGCUAUCACCUCUGCGAGUAGCAGUGGGAGCAAGAGGAGGAAAAGCAGUAACGGAAACCCUGGAGGGUUCAAGAAGAACGAGCUGGGAUCGUUCAUGAACACCCCGAUGACUACUGGCGUUUCGACGCCUUUCGCCACCUCGCACUCGAACUCUAGCUCUACCUUGACCCCGACGGGGAGUGCGAUAUCGACCCCAACCCCGAUGGGCAUGUCGACCCCGACUCGACGACGCGGGACUCGGGAUCAGACUCGGGGGAAGAGCUUGAUCGAUUCGCCGGCUGGGUCUGGGUCUGAGGAUAGGAGCGGGGAGGAGACGGUCAGGAGGUCUGGGAGGGGGUUGGGAUUGGGUCUCGGGUUGGGACUUGGGCUAGGGAGGAGCGCGUCUGGGCUGAGGAAUGAGGUGGUCGGCUCGUAGCCCUUUUGCGUUGCUCUCGAUCUGGCCGCAGGACGGUAGCGCUUAGCACCGGUGAUCGCACUCACGACGCCCGACCUCUAUUCUUGUACUCGUUUCACAUUACGCACUUACGUCUGACUCGAUAUACCUUUUGCGCCUCUUUGCUCUCUGCCCUGUUUGUUAUCUUUCCCGUCGCCCCUGUCGCUAAUAGCUAAAUGAAAAAUGCCG